AUGUCAAUGUCAUGUCAUGGUUUUCGACGUAAAUUAGAGGUGCUACAAGGUACAAGUGCGCCAAAAGGACCAGGUCCUUUGGGGUACUGGGGAGGUUUGGACCCUCGCCGCGUCGCCGCCUUCGGUGGAUGUGGAGCUAUGCCGGAGCAUUUGGAACUUCAACACCUUGUGGACUUGUCGGCGGGAAGCGGCGACGAGACACUACCAAAUCUUCUUGAGAACAAGAGACCAUUAAUAAAGAGAUGCCCAUAUCUCGGCCUGCUACUGGCGACAUUGUCGUCUUUGUUCUUCUCACUAUGUUCGGUUAUCGUUAAAAGCCUCGUUAACAUCGACCCUAUGCAACUCGCCAUGUUCCGAUUUAUUGGAGUACUUCUUCCAACUAUACCCAUAGUCAUAUAUACAGAACAGCCUGUGUUUCCUGAAGGGAAGCGCAUCCUCCUACUAUUGCGGUCCAUUGUAGGCACAGUAGGCUUAAUGUUAAGUUUUUAUGCUUUCCGCAACAUGCCACUGGCAGAUGCUUCUGUUAUAGUAUUUUCAGUUCCAGUUUUUGUUGCAUUGUUUGCUCGAGUGUUCUUGAAAGAACCUUGUGGUAUUUGGAAUACAAUAUCCAUUAUAUUAACUCUUAUUGGAGUGAUAUUAAUUACUCAUCCACCAUUUUUAUUUGGUGAUGAUCCUGGUGCAGAGCAUAAUCAGAAUUACAAUAGUUUACGAGGAGCUGUGGCUGCCUUUAUAUCAACAAUAUUUGGAGCAAAUGCUUAUGUCCUGCUUCGAGUGCUCAAAGGUUUGCAUUUCUCAGUAAUAAUGACAAACUUUGGUGCUAUUGCUAUAAUACAAACAUUGUUUUACUCAUAUGUGUUUGGGGUGUUAUGUAUGCCUAUUUGUGGCACUGAGAGAUUCCUUGUAGUAUGUUUGGCUUUGUUUAGUUAUCUGGGUCAGAUAUUGUUGACAAUGUCUCUGCAAAUGGAACAGGCUGGUCCUGUGGCCAUUGCUAGGUCUGCAGAUAUAGUGUUUGCGUUUUUGUGGCAAGUCAUGUUCUUUAACGAGAUUCCAAGCAAGUUUUCUGUAUGUGGAGCCGUAUUAGUUUUAAGUUCAGUUAUGUUAGUUGGUUUACGUAAAUGGGCCCUGGCUUUGCCUACAGAUUCACAACUGAGAAGUAAGUUGGGUGCACUAGCACGAUAAACAGUUUUAUUGGAUCUCACUUGCAUAAUAUAUAAUGUCGCCACAUUGUUUAUGAUUAAGUAACUUGAACGUUUCAGUUGUGAAUGGCUCAAAAGCACUGGAAGUAUUUUUUUUCUUAUAUGAAAACCUUUGAAAGGAAUGAAUCCUAUAGUUUAGUUUAAAAUUGUUAAUGGCACUAUUCAAUAGUUAUGCCCUCUGAUUUGUGAUUGUUAUCCUAAGUUGUUAUUUAUAUCUUGUCUUUUAAUGUUCAAUAUUAUUUACCUCCUAGUCUACAGAGCACACAAAUUAAUGGUCUUGUAGGUUUGACUAGGAUGAACCCAAUAUUUACACCAAACAAAUCAUUUAGGUUUGGUAUAUUUUACCUUUGUAUAAUUCUGAAGGUUCUUUUACAAUUAUAAUCCCAUUCAUCUGAAUCUAAACCCAUGUAUUGUAAGUAAUUUAUGUAUUUUAUGGUUUUCGAGAGUAACCAAGCACACCAUUCUUGUUAAUUGGAACCUUGUCAUAAAGUGCUAAAGAGUCAUUUUACUUCGACACAUUAAAACAGUCUACAAAGAGUAGAAAGUUUGCUUUAAGUGCUUGUAAGUAUGUAUAAGAAUGGACAGAAACAAUAACUAUUAUAAAUUGUAAUAUUUAAGUAAAACCUUUCACCCUAAAAGACUGUUAAGUAAGUCCACUCAAACUUGUGUUGUGUGCGUUGGCCUCUAUUUAUCACUCUGCCUAGUAAUUGUGUUCCUCAUCGGCUUUAAUAAUUUAGUCCUAUCAUUUAUUAUUAAUAUUAAUUAUUUAAAUGUUUAUUGUUGUCGGAAAGCUUUAUUGAAUUACUAUUUGCUUAGAUAUCGCUAUUUGUUAUCAAUUAUCUUGUAAUCCUAUUUAUUACAUUUAGAUUGCUAAUAAUAUUUAAAUGGUUUCAUCUCACAAUUACAUAUCACCAAAGUUAUUUAUUUGUGUUCACUAAAAUAUCCUCGUUCAUGUAACUAUUUAA